UUCGUCCUCGGCGGCUCACAUGCGGACUCCGGCAUCCGGGUCUUGUCGGAUGGCAAACGGGUUUGUAGUAGAAGUUACAAAGGUUAAUGAGCUGUUUAUGGUUAACGUAAGACAAGAAUGCUAAGAUGAUGAAGAUGAUGAUGACGAUGAUGAUAAUUGAUGGAUGAUUGAUGAUGAUUGAUGACGAUAAUAUCAUUGUACUUGACAGACACUAGAAACUGGCAGUGUGAUGAAGUAUAUUAUGACUGCUGUGUCGUGUCUGGGACAUCUAGACUACGUACGUAUCUGGCACGACAACAGCGGCGGGUACCAGGCCGGCUGGUUCCUGAGCAGGCUGGAUGUUGAAGAUCUGCAAUCGGGUCAGAGGUACUUGUUUAUGUGCGAGCGAUGGCUGGCUGUGGACAAGGACAACGGCGUUGUAGACCGCGUCGUUCCACUGGCCCAGCAGGACGAGAUCAUGUCCUUCGACAGGCUGUUCUCGGAGUACACCAAGAUCGGCAUCACCGCACCCACCUGUGGCUCUCCUGCUUCAUGCGUCCCGCGCCCAGCACCUUCACGCGUGUGCAGCGGGUCUCGUGUUGUCUGGUCCUGCUGCUGCUGACCAUGAUCACCAGUGCCAUGUUCUACAAGGCUGAGGACAGUGAGACUGGAGAAAGUGCAAAUUCCUUGGGCAUGGAAGUGAAAGUUGGUUUUCUGCGCUUCUCCUUGACAACCUUGUGGACGUCGUCUGUGUCCAUCGUCAUCACUUCUGUCCCCAUGAUGAUUUUCGUCCUCAUCUUCCGCAAUUAUCGGCCUUUGCCUGGGCCAAGAACAAAAAAACAUCUGAAGGGGAAACCCCCUGAAUUAACCAAUGUGGACGAGAAGCCUGAACUCAAAGAGAACACAGGCAAGUCGGAAGAGAGCCAGAAGGACUCUGUGGGAACCAAUCUGCAGAGUAACCUACUGCCCCACUACUGGUGCUACAUCGGCUGGCUGCUCCUGGUGGCGACUGCAGCGACCUGCGCCUUCUUCCUGGUGCUGUACAGCAUGCAGUGGGGCAUCACUACCUCCGAGGAAUGGCUUACCUCCUUUGUGAUCUCCUUCUUCGAGAGCAUCUUUGUCAUGGACCCUAUCAAGGUGAUAUUGCUGGCGUGUCUGCUAGCGUACUGCGUACAAAACCCAUACGCUAACAAGUCUGACAGUGAGCACGUGAUCUUGGAGCCUUUGCAGGUGGAGGUCAGCAAAUUCAACGCUCGGGAUUCUACAGCCCUACCACCUGACCCGGUGCCCCGCAAGGUUCUGGCACAGUCCCGCAAGCGACGGUUACACGAAGAAAAGUCACAGCGAGUCUUCUUUGACCUCCUCUUCCAUAUCUUUUUCGUCUUCUGCGUCUACUCCUUGUCGUACGGCAAACGGGACGUCAACGCGUUUUUCCAGAACGACCAUCUGGAUAGUCUGCUGUUUCAAUCGUCGGGUGACGCUCCUUUUCCAUUCCAAAGCAUCACCAAGCGAGAAGAGGUGAUGAGGUGGAUGAAGGAGACGAUGCUGCCCGUGUUGUUUCCCCGGAGAGACAGUCUGGGUAACAGCUUGCAACUACGUGAACGAGUCUUCACCUCUGACCCCACCAGCUUCAGGGUUGGUCCCGUCCGAGUCCGUCAGCUCAGGAUGCCUUUCAUGGAAAGAACCAGAACUGUCGGAGGUUAUUCGUCCCUGCUCGGAAAGCGCCGGUAUUGCCCCCCUUACAGCAUGGGGCAGGAGGAGACGGGGAUGUACUGUGUAGGGUGGAAACCACUGGCUUCUUGCUCCUACGAAGAAAGAAAUACCAAGCUGAGCCGGGCCUCCUGGAUGUACCAGAGCUUUGAAGGCAUCUCCUCCCUGCCUGUAUGGGGAACUUACUCCGUCUACAGCAGUGGCGGCUACGUUAUGGACUUUUCCGUCAACUGGGACGUGAUAAACCUAACGUUACAAGAAUUAGAAGAAAAUAAGUGGCUGGAUGAACAGACACGCGCCGUCUUCGUUGAGUUUUCCCUCUACAACCCCGACAGCAACCUUUUCUCGUACCUGCGACUUCUAGCCGAGUUCCCUGAGACUGGCGACACCUUCCUGGGGAUCGGAAGUACAAGUCUUCCGCAUCUACGAACACAUGCAGGCUAUGGCUUUUACAUGUACAUCUGCGAAAUUAUCGCUGCUGCCGGCAUCAUAAUCUUCACCGUCAAGAUUGCCCUCAAGAUCAAACAGCAAAAGCUCGGUUUCUUCAAGGACUUCUGGCAGGUAUUGGACCUUGGCACUGUAAUUAUAUGCUAUGUUACUGUGACUUUCUACGCCAUCAAGACCAUGAAAGUUAACGAGUCCAUGGCUGCCUGGCGGGAUAACCCUAAGAAAUACGUGGACUUUUACCAGACGGCCUUCUGGGACAACAUGUAUGGCUACUCGCUGGCCGCCGUCGUCUUCAUCACCACCAUCCGCCUGCUGCGCAUCCUGGGCUAUAACCGACGACUGACGAUGAUCGCCGCUGUGCUGGCAAACUCCGGCCGGGACCUGUUCGGCUUCUCACUCGUCUUCGCUGUCGUUUUCGUGGCCUAUCUCUCAGCCGGCUACAUCGUUUUUGCCAGCACCUUGUCCGAGUUCUGCUCGCCAUGGGAGUCGGCACACGCGUUGUUCCAGCUGCUGCUGGGCAGGAACGUGCUGGCCGCCUUCUCGGAGGACCUGGCGCUGUUCGCCUGGGUCUACUUCAUUUCCUACGUCAUCCUGGUCUUCAUGAUCCUGAUGACGAUGUUCCAGGCGAUCGUGUGUGGGUCCAGCACCAUUGUCCGCUCAGAGGUCAGCAGCGUGCCGCCCCCCUAUGGGCUGACCAACCUGUUCAUCAAAUUCUACCACACCGUCAUCGCCGACCUGCUCCCUGCCUGGCUUACACGUGACAGAAGUGCUACAGGUCUCACUAAAGUGCAUGUGCAAUCAGCAGGAAGCACACACUCACUUGGUGACAGGAAACUACAGGUGCAAAAGGACCCAAGUACUAAAGGAGACAACUCUUACCGUGAACAGACUUAAGUCAUGGUCUUGAGGAGGUAAUCUUGAAAGAUGAUGGGAGAGAGACUUGCGGGAUUUUAUUGUGAAAAGAACAAAUACUUUUCCUACAGUUCACGUGUAAAAAAAUACGGAAUUUUUUUCAGACAUUUAUUUUUUGCUGCACAUGACACGAAAAUAUUCAAGAUACGUCGAGGAAAAAUAUACCUUAAACUAUCAAAAAUUUAUUAAAGAUGGACUUUGUUAAAUUAUUUCUACAUCCUCUCCCUACGUCACCGUUCUAUUCUCCCGGUUUGCAUCUGUUAAGUCCAUGCAUGUUUUGACUUCGAUUUAGUAUUUUUACAAGAAGUUACAUUUGACCGUCUUUCUGUGUUGCUUUAAGUUAGCUUCUUCCUUUUUACUAAAUGUAAUGAUGGUUUGUGGUAAUUGUAAAUUUUGCAUAAUUACUAAAUUUAUUCUUAUAUGUGCUUUUUAUUAUCUACAUGUGCAAUUUUUCAUUUUUCUUUCCUCUAUGUCUAUCAUAAUGCAUUGAAAAACGAAAUAAGUGGUCACAAUAUAAUGUUUUUGGCCAUUAAAAGUUUCACUUCAGCGAAAGCAGGUUGGGCAAAGCCACCAAAUUAAACAAAUAUAAAAUGAAUUUUCAGCUACAUAUGUUUAAACAAGUUGGCAAUAAGUUCUUUCGUAAUGUUUUACUUUCUUAUAUUUUUAAGUCAUAAAUAUAAUUGAAUUAAAUACUAAACACUAUCUUACUUUAAAAAUAAAUAUUUGCUUCAUAACCAUUACAAUGUAAGGAAAAAUGAAAUAUGGGAGGGAUAAGUACACUGGAGGGAGGGGUAACUGUUUUUACAUUGUAUUGCAUAUUAUAACGUUUUCUUUUGUGUUAAAGUAUUGUAAAGACUUUUCAAAUAAUUAAUUCCCUUAAACACUUGAUGCCCAGUACAGAUUAUGUUACAAUUAUGUAAUGUGAUUGACAAUUUUUAAAACGUUUUAUCAUACUAAAAACUAUUUUGUGUUGCUUAACAGCAAUAAUUUCUUAUUGUGUGGCUGUUAUGCAGCCUGAACGGUUUGUACAUGCACGUCGUAUAUUGAUCUAGUAAACGUUCAUGUUUUUGUCAUUAUCUAUACACAUUAUCUGUGUAUGUGUGGAUAUGUAACUGUUUGAGGAAUAUAUGAAAAAUAAAUAUAAAAAAAAAACAAAUGAAAGAGGAGGAAGACAAAAAAAUUAUAAUAAUCGCCAUGAUCACCAUCUUCGUGUCAUCACGAUACUUUACACCAAUUUCUGUUUAUUCUUCCGCAGAAGCUGUCUCUCUUUCUAUAAUUUCCUUGUGAGAGUUUGUGUUAUAAACGAGGACAUUACUGGUCUGAAAUUUCUUUUAGCGAGCACGUCCAAACAACCAUCGUGUAUUUUAAACUAAAUUAUUCCUUUUUUGUCUAAAAUUCUAUAGUUAAGAACUGCAAGAAAAGAUCAGUUCCUGAUAAUAUUUUCACUGUCAAACAAUAAUUAUAAACAAUACAUUCACCGGUUUUCAUUUCUAGUCACGCGGUAAAGCAAAAAUAAAAGAUCAUUCUGACUGAAGUUUAUUUCUUGUGGAAAUAGGAAGGUGUUCUGGUAAUCCAAGAGCAAAAUCUUUUUCAUAUUUGAAAUCAGGAUAGUAAAUUGUACAAAACCUCAAAUGUGAAUGUCAAACGAAUAUUAUGAUGGAGGUCUAGUUUGAGUAAAACGAGCAGGAACUAACUGGGGGAAGAAGAACAGAGGAGCGACAGGCCUAGACAAGCUCCAAAGAAGAAAAAAGGCGAAUCAUCCUUCCAUCUACAUUGCAGUCGACAGAGGGUCCGCGCCGAAAUAUUAAAACGGUUCUAACCCAGGCACAGUUUCCGCGGGACCUAGCUCUACAGGCGGAACUAAAGCUGUCAUCCGGGGACCAUCCGUGUUUCAGAGAAUAUUGAGAAGGAAGCUGCGUAGUCACCGCUACUCCCAGAUCAACAAAAUGACUUCUUUAAUAGUUUUUUUCGUGAGUUUGUUUUGAGCAGUCUAACAGCGAAGUGUAGUUUGUAACACAGAGACAAGGAACGCUACCCUCGUAUGGAAAGGCCGGAUGACGGACAUCUUGACUGUAAGUAGUUUAUAGUUUUUGAAGGCAAAUUAACGGGCCCAAACCCGUCAUCAGUGGUUGGACUAACCCCGUUUUGAAGAAACCAAACCUUAUACACUGUCACCAAAGGUGAACAAGGAUUGAGAAAACUGUGAAUCGAGAGAGUGUGAAGAGAGUUUGAGAAAGUAUACAUGCAUAUAUAGAUAGAUAUCGAGUUCAUGUGUUUAUGUAUUUACGUUUUUUUUUUGUGUGUGUGUGUGUUUUCAACGCCGCAUGAAGCUUUCUAGUGGUUGUGAUGCUUACGAUACAGUGCUUGAUUGUAAACAUUUACAGUAAUAUAUACAUUAAGUACCUGGCUUAGAAAAAAAGAGAAAAAUAUUCUAUUGGGCCCUUUCAUUAUACAAGUGGGACGUCCACUGGUAGAUGUUUGUUUUCUGUUGCAUGAAAGAACGCAUGUCAGUGCCAGUGCUCUAGUCUGUCUGUCCUGAGUAUGGUGGUUCUGACAACUUGUAUCAUGCUCCCCUCCCUCCUAUGAGAGGCAUUGACGCAUGGGCUUUCUCCAGUUCUGGCAGGUA